AUGGAGGAGGGUAGCGUGCGAGGGAGAAGGCUAGCGUGUGGGGAGAUUGUUCGAAGCAAGGUAGGAGGUUGGCAUGUAUGGGAGGUUCGUGCGAGGAAGGAGAAUGACGAUAUAGCAAAAGAGGAAGUAAAAAGAACACAUGCUGCAUUUCUGGGACCAUGGUCCAUCCGAUUUGUAAUCUCAGUGGAAGCUAGAAGAUAUGUAAUUACAGAUGCUACUGCUUCUGGACCACCGGCAAUGCCAGGCAACAUCUCUCAAUUCCAAAAGGUGAGAACGGAGGAAAAGUUUCUUGAAGGCCACCAUUCUCAAUUUUCUAAACCCAGUAGUCCUGCACUGCUCUUGGGCUGGGCGCAUAAUCUGGGCCUGUCUCCCGGGUCUGUUAGGUUGUCCUUUUUCUCUCCAAUACAAAGGGGUAAGUCUCCUAAAGAGGGGAAAGGCUUCCUUCCGGAGGAAACAAAGGAAGAAGCUGAAAAGAGUGGUCUCACCGAAGAGCACAAUGAGCCUGUAUGCCUUCAGAAUGUUUGCUAUUUGUCUGAUGAUGGCAUUAGGAGCAACAAGAAGAGGAAAUUGGAACAAGCAACUACUGAUGAUAAGCCUCGUAAUGUCUUUCGCAUUAAGCUACCCUUGACAAGGCAUAAAGAGCCAGAUGUCUCUCUCAACAGUGAAGGGUUGUGUUCUACGUCGGUAAGGGCAGAUUCUGUUUCGGAGCAGAAUGAAGUUGUUCGUUUAUCUGAUCAAGAAACUGUCAACUCAAAGGCAGGUGAUGUUGUUGGGGAGCUUGCAUCUCCACCAGAAAAAAUGCCUUGCGGUUCAGUUUUGGAGAAGGAGAGCUCCUUUUGCCACGAAUCUAAGACUUCUCGGUUCAGAAUGUCCAACAAGAGGAUGCGGAAAGCAGACUCACUAUAUAAAUACUUAAUCGAGGAUUGGGUUCCACCACCUCCUCAGUUUGAGCUUAAUGAUUCUGAUGAUCAAGAAUGGCUUUUUGAGACCUCAAAGCAAGAUAGUCAUGGAAACAAGACACUAAACGCUUCGCAUGACAUUUCGUGUCGUGAAAGUUCUUUAGUUCUGCUGCCGAAACCUUUCCCAUCUGACCUCGAGUCCUGUAAUGCCUGCUCUGCACUCUUUAGCACGGUUUCAUCUGACUUGGAAUUUUCUAGUGAUGGUAGGAAGUUUGAGAAGGCGCACUUGGGGGAUUAUGAAUGGCAAACCUGCGGACAGGUUUUUGAUCGUGUUCAUAACUUUGCAUCUAGGCUUAUUAAGUUGGAGCAUAAUGCGGAUACUUGUGUUGUGAUUUUUGCUGAAAGUCGACUAGUGGUCGAUUGCCUUUCAGUACAGGGAUGUUUUCAGCAAAACAUUACUGCUGUCACUAUUUAUGCUUCUCUACGUGUGGAUGCUUUGAUCUAUUCACUCAAUGAGAUGGAGAAACUACAAAUGAUUUGGGCAUUUUUGGAAGUACAAGCAAUUGAAAGGUUUCAUCUUUUUUCUGAAGUUGAGAAACUGGGAAAGAACAAUCCUGUUCCUCCAAGCCUACCUUCAGAGAAUGGAAUUGCUGUUGUUAUGUACACAAGUGGAAGUACAGGCCAGUCAAAUGGGGCAUUAUCGGUAAAGAACCCAUUCACGGCUUUAUAUAGUCACCCUUCGCGGCUUCUAAAGCGUUUGAUGGAGUAUAAACAAAAGCCGUGUGAGGAACCCUACCGUCACUCUGCGAUUCGAUUAAAAAUCCUCAAGCGAUUGCAAAAGGAGAGUUUGAAAACGGAAAAGCGUAAAGGGAGAAAGAGGGAGAAGAAAGAAAGAAGGAAGCAUAGGAAAGGAAGCAGUGAGGAAAGGAGUUGUAUUGGGGAUAAGUUUCAUCAAGAGGAUCAAAGGCUCCUUCCAAAGGAUAGAGGAGAAGAUGCUGAAAAGAGCGAUCUUACUGAGGAAGACAAGCAACCUCUGUCCUCUCAGAGCCUUUGCUACUUGUCUGAUGGUGGCAAAACUCAUGGUACCAUCAUUCGCAUUCAGCUGCCAUUGAGAAUGCAUAGAGAGCCUGAUGCGUCUGUUAAUGGAGCAGGGUUGUGCUCUUCUUUGGGAAUAGCGGAUUCUGUUCCUCAAAAGAAUGAAAUUUUUGAAACCCCAUUGGGGGAUAGAUCGUGUGAUAAGGAGAUGCGGACAGCAGAAUCGCUUUACCAAGAUUUGAUUGCGAAUUUGGAGGAAUCUUUUCAGUUUGAGCUAAACUAUCUUGAUGAUCAAGAAUGGCUUUUUGGGUCAAGAACGCAAGAUAGGCUAGGAUACAAAAGAUUGAAAGUUAGCCAUGACGUCACAUGCCAUGCUGAUUCUACUUCUAGGCUGUGUGCUCGAUACCUGUCUGAGGCUGAUGUUCAUGGAUUACCUUACACAAUUCCAUUUUGA